AUGAACACCCCUCCUCAUCCUCCUCAGCCUUUUCAAGUAGAAGAAUCUUCACAACAAUCAGCAAAAGAGCUCAGCAACGAGUCGCCCCCGCGGGCAUACGAGAGUGGCAAACCGAGUGCACGCGCUCCGACGAAGGCAGCACGAAGGAUCAGGGGAGAAAUAGCUUGUGCUGAGUGCCGGAGACUUAAAAUUCGCUGCGAUAAGAACAUACCAUGCGCAACAUGUGUCAAACGAGGCUGCGACGCUCUUUGCCCCAAUGGUACCAUCCCGCCUGGUGAAGGGAGCCGGUUUGUCAUAGCGGCCACGGAUCAUUUACGCAACCAGAUUACAAGACUAGAAGCGCGUAUGCGCUCUUUAGAAGACGCUUUAGCUAUUAUGCAUACUUCAGAGACUGAUCGACCACAUCCUUUGCUCGUACCAACGAAUGACCAAGACGAAGAAGUGGAAUCGAUCUUGAAGCCCGUUCCUGAAGAACAGACUGAACCAUUUUUAGGUACGCUGUUUUUGGACCCACACGGAGGAUCUCGUUUUUUUGGAGCAUCUGGAGGCUCAGAGAGUCUGCUACAGACAUCAAAGAGUAUAGUUUUGCAAGACUUGGAUUUGUCGUACCUCCCUCCGGAAAUAAAACAAUGCUAUCAGUCAUUCCCAUUUACCCCUCCGAAUGUAAUAGCCGCUCCAAUCCAGGAGACGAUAGAAUCAUUUCUCCCGGGGAUGGAACGUGCUAUCGCACUCUGCGACAACUUUUUGGAGCAGUUGUCCUGGAUGUUCCACAUCGUGUCGCGUCAACUGUGUGUAAACGAACUCAUUCCGACAAUAUACAAACAGAACGCCAAACCGUACGGCCCUCAUGAUUUAGCACUUCUCCUGAUCGUUCUGGGCAUCGGAUGCCUUGUGGACUUAAAGCUCCGUCCAUUUAACCUGGAAGCCCAGCAUUAUUAUCAAUUAGCCAGAGCAACCCUUGCCCUUCAAUCCGUGUUAGCUGAACGGUCGGUUGUUACAAUCAAGGUCUUGCACUUAAUGAGUAUCUACAAUGGAAUGAGUGGAAAGGAGUCCAACCUCGAGCAAUCUUACGUCUUUCUCGACUUAGCCGGCCAAGUUGCGUUGCAGAUCGGGUUUCACGUUGAUCCAGUUAUAUGGGGAUUGAAGGGAAGAGAAGCGUACGAUAGGCGGGUGUAUUUUUGGAACCUUAUGUCCGCUGUCCUUUGGCAGAGCCUGGUCACUGGACGUCCUCCAAGUCUUCUCACAUCUUACGUUGACUGCAGGAUCCCAACCGAGGAGGACGAGGACCUCUUUCAACAGGGCGAGGUUCCUCUUGGCUUCGGGAUAUGGGGGUUUAAAGCGAGUCAGCUUUGCCUAAUGCCGGUGGUGAGAGCGGUGCUAGCUGCAAAACCUCCAAGUUAUGAUGUGAUAAUUGAACUCGACCAAAAAAUUCGUGGUCUUGCAGUACCCCGCACGGACAUGGACACUCUGCAAAGCCACACAGAACGGACGGCUAUUUCUAUGAGGACGUUCGUGCGGUCGCAUUACCAAGAACUGAUGCUUCUCUUCCUUCAUCGCGCGUACUUCGCACAAGCCAUGACAGAAUAUCCCAUGAACCCACUCCAGAGCCCCUAUGGCCAAUCCGUUAAAGCUGCGUAUUCUAGCGCAUGUAUCGUCCUGCAAGAUACAAGGAGCCAGUUCUCACGGAAACCGGUUCUCUGUGCUCGUGUUUGGCGGAUAUGGUCAUUUACUUUCUCCGCAGCAGUUGUUGUUGGGACAGUAGCUAUUCGAGGCGCGCAUAUGAACCUCAUACCACCCCCGCUGCAAGAGUUUGAGGCCAUCUGUAAAGUAUUCAGCGAAGCAGCUCAGACGAGUAACCGUGCUGAACGAGCCUUGGUAUGA